AUGCACAUUGCCCUUGGCCUGGUCGCGGAAGAUGCGGAGGCCCGGCGUGUUGCCAGCGCGGCGUUCACGGCACGCGCGCGGCCUGUCUUCCGCGGCAACAACGGACCCUUCGUGGAGGUGUGGUUUGGGGAGCACAAACUCUUUGGCCUCGUCGAGCGCGCCGCGCCGAACGACUUUAUUCAGGUGGUUCAAGUGGAGGACGCUGACGCCGACGCCGCAGACGCGCAGCUGCGGGUGGCGCACAACGUCGCGUUUGUUCUCCACCUCUCGUCUGUGCAGCAUGCGAUACUGCAGGCGCGGCCCCGGUCGGAAAACGCGUUUGUGAACGGCAUGCACCUCGUCGUGGAGUACGCCGCGCUGCUGCGUCACGGAAUGCAGGCAGACGUCCUCGGCGUCGAGGCAGAGUCCGGGGCGGAGUAUGUGCAGUUCACCUCUGACUGA